AUAUAUUUGCUCUUUCAUAAACCCUAAUACUGAGCCACCCAUUUGUUCUUAAACCCUAAAAUCUUUCUUUCUCUAACAUUUACAUAGUUCCAAAAAAACCCAUCAAAAAAUGGAUUCUAUAAGCACAAAUAGCAACGAUAAUAAACCAUCGAAAGCCAAAUUUCAAUACGAGGUCUGUGAUAAUAAUGAUGAAACUGUUACCGAAAGUUCAAAUCUUGAUUUGGACGAAGACACUUCUAUGUCUGAUCCCGCCCCCUCCGCCUCCGCCUCCGCCUCAGCUGCCGUGGAUGGUGAUUCCAUGGUUGGUGGUGAUAAGACUAGUGCGGACUAUUAUUUCGACUCCUACUCUCAUUUUGGUAUUCACGAAGAGAUGUUGAAGGAUGUGGUAAGAACUAAGACUUACCAAAAUGUAAUCUAUAAGAAUUCCUUUCUUUUCAAGGAUAAGGUGGUCCUUGAUGUGGGAGCUGGGACAGGAAUCCUGUCACUUUUUUGUGCAAAAGUUGGUGCCAAACAUGUUUACGCGAUUGAAUGCUCCAGUAUGGCUGACAUGGCACAAGAAAUUGUAAAACAAAAUGGAUUUUCCAAUGUUAUAACGGUUAUCAAGGGAAAGGUGGAGGAGAUUGACCUACCCGUACCACAAGUGGAUAUAAUAAUCUCCGAGUGGAUGGGAUACUUUCUUCUGUACGAGAACAUGUUAGAUACAGUCUUGUAUGCUCGUGACAAGUGGCUGGUAAAGGACGGUCUUGUUCUGCCGGAUAAAGCCUCGCUCUAUUUGACAGCUAUUGAAGAUGCUGACUACAAAGAAGAUAAGAUCGAAUUUUGGAAUAGUGUGUACGGUUUCGACAUGAGCUGCAUCCGGAAGCAAGCUAUGAUGGAACCUAUUGUUGACACAGUAGAUCAGAAUCAGAUUGCUACAAACUGCCAGUUACUAAAGACAAUGGACAUUUCUAAGAUGACUUCUGGAGAUGCUUCCUUCACAGCACCAUUUAAGCUCGUUGCAGAACGUGAUGAUUACAUCCAUGCCCUUGUAGCAUACUUUGAUGUCUCUUUCACGAAAUGUCACAAGUUGCUGGGCUUCUCAACCGGUCCAAAAUCUCGAGGCACACAUUGGAAGCAAACAGUUCUUUACCUGGAAGAUGUGCUAACUGUUUGCCAAGGGGAAGCUGUAGUGGGAAGCAUGACUGUAGCUCCUAACAAGAAAAAUCCUCGAGAUGUCGAUAUAAUGCUCAAAUACUCCGUGAAUGGUCGGCACUGCCGUGUCUCAAGAACUCAGUAUUACCGGAUGCGAUGAUGGUAACGUUGAAAAUGGCUGACGAAUUCUUGUUUAGUCCGCCUUUCGGGUAUGCUGGAGCUGAUACAACAUUAGGCAACCAAUGUUAAUGUAUUCUGUUUCCUUUUCCCCCACAAACUGUGGACUAUUUUCCUUCUAUCUUGCUCAAUUACAAUAGGCCUUUGUCGUCCGGCAAUUCAUUUGAGGCCAAAGAGGCAAUUGUAACCCAUAAUUUUUUUGUUAUAAAUUGACAUUCCUUGUUUCUGAUA